AUGGUAUGUAGCCAAGGGGGGUGGGUGGAAGGGCGCGCUGAUAGGUAUCCGCAGUCUGCCCAAGCAUCAAAACCGGUCCCAGUGGAAACGCAACAUGAGGACAUGAUCCACGAUGCCCAGCUCGACUACUACGGCAAGCGUCUCGCGACCUGUUCAUCAGACAGGACUAUCCGCAUAUUCAACGUGGUCAAGGGUCAAGCCAAGGGCGAUCCAGUGAUCCUCAAGGGCCACUCUGCCGCCGUCUGGCAAGUCUCAUGGGCCCACCCUUCCUUCGGCUCCAUCCUCGCCUCGUGCUCUUAUGACGGACGCGUCUUUAUCUGGAAAGAGGUCGGCCAAGGACAAGGCAAGGGCAGCGGUGGAGAAAUCCAGGAUGGCUGGGAGAGGAUCAAGGAGCACACUUUGCACACUGCCAGUGUCAACUCUAUCGCCUGGGCGCCUUAUGAUCUCGGACCCAUGCUUGCGUGCGCCUCGAGCGACGGCAAGGUCUCUGUUUUGAGCUUUGGAGAUGACGGUUCUAUCGACGUCAACAUCUUCCCCGCCCACGGCACCGGUGCCAACGCCGUCUCCUGGGCUCCUUCCGUCGUAUCCACCUCCUCCGGCCCUGUCCGAGCCCAGCCCGCCACCUCUGCGCUCAAGUCGCAAAAGAAGUUUGUCACUGCCGGUUCAGACAACUUGAUCAGGAUCUGGGGAUUCGAUGAGGAGCAGAAGAAGUGGGCGGAGGAGGAGACUGUGAAGGGACACGAGGACUGGGUUAGGGAUGUUGCGUGGGCGCCGAAUAUCGGGUUGCCUGGGAUGUUUAUCGCUUCGGCCUCUCAGGACCGAACCGUCCUCAUCCACUCUCGCCCCACGCCUUCUUCCCCAUGGACAUCCACACCCCUUCUCCCCAACCUUCCAGACAACCAAGACCCCCACUUCCCCGACGCCGUCUGGCGCGUCAGCUGGUCGCUUGCCGGCAAUGUGCUCGCUGUCAGCUGUGGAGACGGCAAGGUCAGUCUCUGGAAGGAAGGUGUCGGAAAGGGAUGGGAGUGUGUCAGUGAUUUCACAAGCUAG